AUGUCAACCAAAGAGCCAAUAUACGAGGAAAUCCUGUCUGGAGAUUCAUUCUCAUCUGUAGAGGGUCACAACUCUAGUACUCAACGCACUCAGGUUCAAGUUUUGCCUUUAACUCUUUCGUCGCUGCUGUCUGUGGUCCUCGGCAUCAGCUGCAUCUACUUCUGGAGCCACAACAGCUGUGAAACACAGUAUCAAUAUAGUUAUCCGACGGAAUGGUGUAAGUCACAUUUGAAAUUUCAAAGACCUAUGUUAAACAUGAUAGCCCCUGCUAGGUCGGUUCUCGGGAUCAAAAGAGAUGUAAUCUACACGAGUGCGUUGCGAUAUAAUGACACAUCCGGUGAAAUUUAUCGCGACUUCGAUCCCGCAGCACCGCAAUACGCAGGAGACCCUUCGCCAGCAAUCGAUGAAGCGUGGGGAAAGCUUUUAAGUGGUCAAUAUCUUGUAGUGCCUCCAGAGAUCGCGAUGAAAAUGGAUGACCCAGUCCCCAUCAGUGACACGUAUCUAGCAGAAGUUGAAGUAAUGCAUUCAUUGCAUUGCUUGAACGCCAUUCGGAAGGCCCUGAAUCCAGAAUAUUAUGAAAGGCACAGUAGCCACAAGUUUCCGGAAGGGUUACAAAAAAUGCAUGUUAUUCACUGCAUCGAACAGCUACGCCAAACAAUACAAUGCGCGGGCGAUUUGACCCCCGUACCACUCCGUCCAUAUGGAGACGCAGACAAUGUUCAACUCAUUGGAACCCCGAUGGCACACACAUGCCGCGACUGGGACGUUUUUCGACGUUGGUACAGUGAGAGAGGAGCUGAGUGGGGAAACAUUGGCAGCAUGUAA